AUGAGAAAACGACCAUGUUUAACGAUACUCUGCACACUAGUGCUUUUAAUGCAGAAAAAGAAUGGGCUAUGUUAUGACAAUGACGCUGUUGAACUAUCCGCAGUCCAGCACAUUGGACACAAGUUAUUUCAUGCACUAUUUGGUAUAGAAAAAUUACCCAUCUGCGUUUUGUGUGGUGAAGAUGAACAGCAAACGAAUGAAAAUAUUGCCAUUCCAGAAGCCACUGACGAGACUCCUCUGCACAAUUCCAUCCUCCCCUUGUCUUUCCAGUUGGCUCCAGACGUUUGGCAGUAUAUCAUCUACUUUGCUCUUGGUUGUCUUGGGUGUUUGCUUCUCUGCUCUGGUCUGUUGGCCAUGCGUGGCCCCUGGAGAUGGGUUCAUAAAGGUAAAGUUGAGAUGAAGGAGAAAGGUACUGCAACCAAGAGGAAAACACCAGCUACCUUUGCCUUUCUCCUGAAGGAAGAACGCGUUACAGGGACUACAGCAUCCAUCGUGAAAAAUCAGCACAGGCGACACAAAGGAGCAUCGAAAAUUCAAAUGUUGUUUAAAGGGCGCCGGGAUGUUCCCGUGAGUGUUUUAGAUGCUCGACUGCAUAGAAGCAGUUAUCAAAAAUGUAAACAAGAAAUCAAGAAAGGUAAAAGGUCGGGUAAAACAGCGCUGGAAAAAAAAUUUCCAACACGUUACCCUUCUCGUGAUCUUGAUGUUCUCCUGUGCGUGAAACCAAGCUGCCAGAAGCAUAACCAUAGCAAGGUUAAAUUUCAAACGGAAUCGCAAAUGGAGAAAGUAAACACUACACAUCGUCAUAAUGAAACUGCAGCGAACAAAUCUAGACAGAGCAUCCAGAGGAAUAUUCAAGUAGACGAUAUAGGCUGCCUAACAGAACUAGGAACGCCCCUGCAUUCUUCAACUUUCGUCCAUUGCAACUUGAGUCACAACGGAUCAUUUAUGGAAUCCUUUGUCGAUACACUUUCACGCGACGAGUUAGAAUCUCGGGUGAAGAUUAUAGACCCGUGUGACAAUCAAGAAAACACGUCACAACGUUUUCAAUAUGUUAAAGAGUUGGAAAGACCAUCGUUUGAGAUUCACCAUGCUGAUAUUUCGUCUGGGGAGCUUACAUCAUUCCAUGACCACGUUGCAAUGUCGCACGAUGAGACAUCUAGUGACGAGAAAAAUGGAUCAAUAGAAAGCACAUCCUCUUUUGGUCGAAAUGCGUCUACCAGUUACCCAUCAGUCUAUAAUCCCGUAAACAUGGAAUCAUCUCUGAAUGCCAGCGAUACUAGUUUUAGUGGCUUUUUUAAUUCUUUUCAACAUUUAGCACGCAGGUCUCCUACGUAUGUGCGAAAUGCACUGGAAAGAACAACAAGUUCUGCGAGAAACCUAGUUUUACAAGCUGGUCGCAGUGCAAGGUACGUUGGAAGGAAGACAGUGGAAGGAGCAAGUGGUGUGGUUCAAAGGACAGGAUACAGCACGGUCGUCUUUAUUGCACAAACUGCAGACGAUGUUCUUUACGUCAUCGAAUGUGCACGUAGUGGAAGAAGAUGCGUGGUAAGAAGAAUCCAUAGGAAUAAAACAUCCCUACUUUGUGACGCUGUAAAGGAGAAUUUAGACUGGGAUGUGUAUGACUACUUGCGAGUGUUCGAUGACUUUGGCGAUGAAACGAAUACGGCGCUACAUCUCGUCGCUGCUGUGGUGGUCAAGUCCGCAAUUGACAAAGCUCGUUCCUGUGUAAAUCGCCAGCUGGAGGAUCACUCGUCUUCUUUCCUAUUCAACGACAGCUUCAUAUCGGUGCAGGACAACAAAAGUUUGAAUGCUUGCAGUGAUUUUUCAUACGACUGUUUGAUUUGAUUUAUAUAUUUCACCUGUUUUAAUAGCGUGAUCAAUUUGAUUUACCGAACAACUACAAUGUAUUACGUAUACAUUGAACCGAGAUCAUGUGACUCUUCAAGAUUCUUAUAGUUUGAAUCAGGUGAAUAUUUGUAUUUGAGCCAAUCUGAAAAAAAAAAGAUCAGUGGUUGUAGAGAGAUUUUGCUAGUAUAUAUUUGAUAAAUUUUGUUUUUAGGAAAAUAUUUAAUAGAUUGAAAUAAUAAAGAACAAGCGU